AUGAGACCAGCACCCAUUCCAAUAGAGGACCCAGAGUGGAGACAAACGCCUCCCCCAGUCUCAGCCACGUCUGGCACCUUCCGACUAUGGCGAGGCAGUCGAUUUACCUGGAGAAAGGAGUGUCUGGCUGUCAUGGAAAGUUACUUCAAUGAGAAUCAAUACCCAGAUGAAGCAAAGAGAGAAGAAAUUGCAAAUGCUUGCAACGCAGUGAUACAGAAGCCAGGCAAAAAACUGUCAGAUCUGGAACGAGUUACCUCCCUGAAAGUGUAUAAUUGGUUCGCUAACAGGCGGAAGGAGAUCAAGAGACGAGCCAGUAUCGAAGCAGCAAUCCUGGAGAGUCAUGGGAUGGAUGUAGAGAGUCCGGCAGGCCACUCCAGCAGUGAUGACGUGGACAGGAAUGACUACUCGGAGCAGGAUGACAGCUCUAGCCAUAGUGACCACCAAGACCCCAUCUCGUUAGCUGUGGAAAUGGCAGCGGUCAACCACACUGUCUUGGCACUGGCCCGACAAGGAGCCAACGAAAUCAAGACAGAGGCCCUGGAUGACGACUGA